AUGCCCGUAGUGUCACGUGAUGAUACGCGUCGACUGUCACCUGACCUUAUGUUGAAAACGCGCUCUCGGCUUUCCUUUCUUUUACUUUUACCAUCAUCAUCUCAUACCAACUCUAUACUAUCUUCUACCAUGUACAACCCAAAGACACCGUCGAGACUUAGAUCUAAGUCGGAAGUUAAGACGCCCUUGACGCCGUCGCUCGUCAACGCGAUGAACAACGUCAACCUCGGAUCGUCUCCGACGAAGCGUAGCACGACGACCUCCACCUCUUCACGCCUAAAGUCGAAGCAGUCGACGUCGGCGUUUGAUGUCACCAAUCCUUUCAUUGCACCCCAGACCAAAUCUCGCCCAUCGUCACCAGUGAAGAGAAUCGGGUCGAGUGGCAUACCCACGUCGGAGUCCCUUCAACGUCAAGCGAAUGGCGGAGUCAUCAGAAAGGGAGGAGUGGAAAGCAGGUUGGAUGUUGUGACAAGAGACUACGUACCACCACCGAAGCAUGAGGUUAAAAGGUCGAAGUCGACCCCAGCAGCGAACCGCACGGGAACAGAGAAACGCGACCGAUUUAUUACAAACCGCGAUAAUACAGACAUCGCCGUCGUCGGCGCCGCCCUUGAGCAGAUGUCUCUGAAACCGGAGAAUAGCUCGCCAGGACACACGGCGCGCCUCGCGGCUGCCACGGGGGUACCCAUCAAUCGGCGGAUCUUGGGGUAUCACGAGCAGCCGCCCUCCGCCUCGUCUUCGGACACAACCCUUGCUCAACAGCGCGAGUACGCCAAGCCGCUGUAUGCGCAACGCCCUGGGGCAGUUGCGACCUCCACAGGUGCCACAACGAAUAAGACGCGCAAGAUACCCACUCAGCCAGAACGUGUCCUGGAUGCCCCAGGGAUGGUGGACGACUUUUACCUCAACCUUUUGAGCUGGUCAUGCCAGAACGCGGUAGCGGUUGCGCUUGAGUCCUCGACGUACAUCUGGAAAGCCGACACCGGCGCGGUCGUCCAGCUGGGUGAGUGCCCCGAAGGCUCGUAUGUCUCGAGCGUGGAUUUCUCCAAUGACGGUGCUUUUCUGGGCGUGGGGAACGGGAAUGGCGACGUCGAGCUGUGGGAUGUCGAGACCGGGCAGAAGCUGCGUACGAUGAGUGGCCACCAAGGACAAAUCGCGACACUCUCAUGGCAUCAGCACAUCCUGAGCUCGGGGUGCGGCGAUGGGAGUAUUUGGCACCAUGAUGUGCGUAUCCCGAAGCACAAGGUUAUGGAACUGCUUGGGCAUACGGGCGAGGUGUGUGGACUGAAGUGGAGGAGCGAUGGUGAGCUAUUGGCGAGUGGAGGGAAUGAUAAUGUGGUGAAUAUUUGGGAUGGGAGGUUAGGCGAUGUAGGCGAAGGUGUGAGGGGCAGUGCGAAGUGGACAAAGAGGAACCAUACAGCUGCCGUCAAGGCAAUCGCUUGGUGCCCUUGGCAGCCCUCUCUUCUCGCGUCAGGGGGAGGUACUAACGACGCUACGAUCAACGUCUGGAACAGCACUACCGGCGCGCGACUACAUACUCUACGCACACCUUCCCAAAUCACCUCUAUUCAAUGGGGCCCGCAUAAGAAGGAACUCUUGACCACCCACGGCUACCCAACGAACGCGAUCAUGCUCCACGCCUACCCGAGCAUGGAGCGCGUUGCGGAGAUCCGAGAUGCGCACGAUUCGAGGGUGCUGUUCAGCUGCGUCGGUCCUGCCGGAGACGUGGUGUGCACUGGGGCAGGAGACGAGAAUCUGAAGUUUUGGAGGAUCUGGGAGGUAGCAAGUGAGGGUGCGAGGAAGAAGAGGGUAGCAAGUGAGGAAGUGGGUGGUGGCCGGUCAAACUCAACGAAGGAGGGAAUUUUAACUCUUCGCUGA